UAAAUAAACAAAACAAAAAAGGUGGUGUCUUCACACUUGAAACCCAAAGCACAAAAGGCUAUACAAAAAAGUCUCAACUUUCUCUCACUACCUUUUCCUCUACAGUAACAAGAGAGUUGCUAGAGUUUUGAGCAAAAGAGAAAUGAAGAAGAAUCUAUGCUUUUGAUCAAGUUCGUCUAUGGAUGAGAAGGAAAAGAAGAAGCUAAAAACAACAAAGACGAUGAGUGCUUUAUUUUCCGAUGAGAUUCCAGCUGGGAGUAAUAAUUAUUUGCUUGAGAUGUUACCAUGUGAAACCGAAAAGGGUUCUUCUUCUUCUUUAAGCUUAAUAGAGAGCAUGUUUGCUUCUCAUGAUCCAAUCACUACUUCUUCUAUAUUCGAUUUGCUUCAGUCUCCUCCUCCUCCCUCUGUACCCUUGUUGAAGAUUGUUAAUACUCCUAAUUCUUCCGACAUCUCUUCUUCAUCAACUGAAGUUGUAGCCAGUGAUGAUCAACAGAUGACUAAAACACUAGACCAACAACCUGAUGACGAUGAUCAGAACAAGAUCGAUAACAAACAGUUAAAACCAAAAAAGAAGAAGCAAAAGAGGGAAAGAGAGCCGAGAUUUGCGUUCAUGACGAAGAGCGAAAUUGAUCAUUUGGAUGAUGGUUUUAGAUGGAGAAAGUACGGUCAAAAAGCUGUCAAAAACAGCCCAUUUCCCAGGAGCUACUAUCGUUGCACCACGGCAACAUGUGGUGUGAAGAAGAGAGUGGAAAGGUCUUCUGAAGAUCCAUCAAUAGUUGUUACAACUUAUGAAGGUGUUCACACACAUCCAUGCCCCAUUACGCCACGUGGCAGCAUUGGCAUUCUUCCUGAAACCACUGGCUACAGUGGCCUUGGUGUUGGCCUUGGUGGUACUUCCUCUUUGCUUUUCCCAGAAUUCCAUUAUCAACAACAAUCGACCAGCUACUUUCAGACACCAACAUUACCACCUAUAAGCCGCUUUACUACUGAUUCGUCCUUGUUUUCAACUAUUAAUUCAUCCCAAGAGAGAAUGUUUUCGCCAUCUACUUCGUCUUUGGCUAGAGAUCAUGGGCUUCUGCAGGAUAUGGUGCCAUCCCAAAUGUGGCCCACACAUCCAAAAGAUCAAGAUCAGUAAGCUAGGAGAGAUCAAUUGGUAUGUUAUUUUACUUAAUUAACUGAUGAACAUCUCAGUAAUCAUGAGGUUAUCUUUAGAUAGGAACCCCAUCAACAGUUAAUUAAUUAUUAGAGACUUUUCCCCUGAUUAAUUAAUGUUGUACAAUGACUAGCUUUUUAAUCAACCAUAGCAAUUAAAUUCUUUUCGUUUAUUAGCUACUUCUCUCAUAUAUAAUAUAUA